GUCGUCGAUUCCAUUUGCCCCCAGCUGCAGGCGCGCCCCGAGUCCCUGUCGCGCGCGCGCUGGCUGCUGCUCCUGGCGUCGCCGGCGGACGCGGGCUGGGACGCGGUGGCCGCGCUGGCGCCGCCCGUCGACUGCGAGUUCCUCGUGGCCGCGCCGUGGCCCGCCGCCGCGCCGCCCGCGGCCGUCGCCUGCCGCGCGGAGCCCCCGCCGCGCACACUGCUCAGCGCCGGCGCGCAUCGCGGCUCUACAGCCCGUUGGCGUGUGUCAGAGAGCACGUGGCAGCGCCGUUUGCGGCAGGUGGUGGCUGUGGGAGGUGUGGGCGGUGCCGGGCGCGGAACCUCGGCGCUUCUGCCGCCGCUGGGGCUGGUGGGCGGAGGACGGCCUGCGCCCGCCUUCCGCGUCGCUGUGGGCGCGACGCCAGGACCUCAACGGCGCUCGCCUGCGCGCUGUUGUCAAGGAGUACUCACCGUUACUGCUCCUACACGAGAGGCCCGAUUCCCCGGAAAUACGAGUGCGAGGAGGCUACUUUGGUCAUACGUGGUUGAUGUUAGAAAAGGCUCUGAAUUUCACCGCGCGGAGGCCGACGCGGCGCUCAGCGGUUACGACGCCCUGCCCGAGCGCGCCGCCGCCGUCGACUUCUCGCAGCCCCUCGUCAUCAGCAAGUGA